CGCUAUUCUCACCCCAUCUUUUUCCUCCCGUCGCGCCCCGUUCCCUCUCGAUCCGGUGGCGAUGGCGCUCAGAUCCGGAGGUCGGAAGAUCUCCUUCGACCUCCUCGCUGGUGAUAUCUCCGGCGAUGGUUCUCCUUCGACCUCGUCUCCCCAGCCUUCAAUUCUCGAGAAUGGGGCCGAUGAUGUCCCUCACGGCCGCCGGAAGCGGCGAGCCAAGGCAUCUAGGAAGAAGAAGCGGCCGGCAUCUGAUUCCCCGUCAAUUUUGAAUCACAUCGAUCCGUUCAUGCCAGAGAACAGGGCACUGUGAGGAGGAGAUGGGAAAGGUGGUGCCGGAGAGCCGGUUGACGGUGGAGACGAUAUGCGAGAGCACGGUGGUGGAGAAGCUGGAGCACGAGAUCUCGCAGACGAGUCAUGUUUCUUAUGUGGAGCUGAGGCAGAGGAAUUUGGCGAAUGGAGGUCCAGGAGAUGAGGCGGUGAAGGAGGAGCCGAGCAGUAGCGAGAGCUCAACGGGGCAGUGGAGGCCGGAGGCUAAUGUGAGGAUUACUAGAUUGGAGACCGAGGGGUCCUUCGAUUGGAAUAAAUUGCUGGCAAAGGAUCCCAUUCUAUUAGGAGAAGUUUCGUAUGCAGAAAGAUCUCCUUUGAGAUACUUCAUCAGAGAAAUCUAUAGUGGCAAUUCCCUUAGGAGCACCAUAUCUGUUGGAAAUGAGAAGAAAAGACAAAGGGUCUAUAACACUAUGUUUCAUGUGCCAUUGAGAUGUGAACGGCUCAUUCUUGCUGGCUUUUUUGUCUGUUUGGACUCAUUUUUGUCACUGCUUACACUUAUGCCGGCAAGAAUAAUAAUGACUAUAUGGAGCUUUUUGAAGACGAGACAGUUUCAGAGACCAAAUGCUGCUGAAUUAUCUGAUUUUGGUUGUUUCAUCAUUUUGAUUUUGGGUGUUACCACUCUGCAAUUGACAGAUAUCAGCUUAAUAUAUCAUUUUAUACGUGGGCAAGGUACAAUCAAAUUGUAUGUGGUGUACAAUGUAUUAGAGAUAUUUGAUAAACUUUGUCAAUCUUUUGGGGAAGAUGUUUUGCAAGUUCUAUUUAGUUCUGCUGAGGGGUUGGCGAAUUCUUCUUCGGAUAACAUGACGUUUGAAUUGAUGAGAUUCAUUCUUGAUGAAACAAUAGCUAUCAUUGCAUUCAUUGUGCAUUCUUUCAUCUUAUUGGCUCAAGCAGUCACAUUGUCAACCUGCAUUGUUGCCCACAAUAAUGCUUUACUUGCAUUACUGGUGUCAAAUAAUUUCGCAGAGAUAAAAAGCAAUGUUUUUAAGCGUGUCAGCAAAGAUAAUCUCCGCAGUUUGGUAUACCAUGAUAUAGUAGAGAGGUUCCACAUCACAGCUUUUAUGCUGUUUGUCUUAGCACAGAAUCUUCUGGAGGCUGAGGGGCCCUGGUUUGAGAGUUUUCUUACAAAUGCUCUCGAGGUUUUCAUGUGUGAAGUGUUCAUUGAUAUGAUCAAGCAUUCAUUCCUUACGAAGUUCAAUGAGAUCAAGCCAGAUACAUACUCGGAGUUCCUGGAGGAUCUUAGCAAGCAGACUCUAAAUGAGAACCCUGAAGACCAUCGCAAAAACCUUACAUUCAUUCCUCUUGCUCCCGCGUGUGUGGUUUUUCGAGUAAUGGCUCCAAUUUAUGCGACCCUUCUUCCCUCUGGGCCACUUCUGUGGAGAUUAUUCUGGAUCAUUUCCUGGUCUGGUCUGACAUACAUCAUGCUUGCCAUUUGGAAGGUAUUAGUCAGCUUAAGCCUCCGGAGCCUUGCUACCUGGUAUCUCAAUCAGCGUUUGGAGAGAAAACAACAUAAGGACUAAUUCGUGGUUGUUAUACACAAAUCUAUUCUCAUCAAUGGGCUCAUGGUUCUCUCUAUUCAUCACCGCAGCAAUGAUGGCUUUAAUAAGAUGAGAUACAGCCACCCGGUGAGUACAUUUUUGGCCUAAUGUUCAGAUGAAGACCUGAUGGCAGCACUACACAAAGAAUAUUGUGUAUUCCAUCAGAUUAAGCCUCAUUCAGCCAUUUUUUGGUUACUACUCUCCUUCUCCUUCUAUCAAUGUCACACCAAAUGCCAUGAAAGUGUGGUGUUAUAGUUAUAUUUUCUUAAAGCAGCUUAAUAACCCAAGAGGCUGAUCUGGUCAAUUGCAAGUCAUCCAUCUCCAGUCUUACAAACGGAGCAUCUUUUCCAGUGCUUGAUUUCAAACAUCUCAAAAUAGUUUACUGUUCCUUAGAUCCAGGUUUUGUUUCUUUUUUCUGGAAAAUGCUCAAGUUGUUGUUUUUUCAGUCCAACCUGCUUUGGCUUUGAUGUAUUGUGCAACAGUUUUCCAUGCUGAUUGUAUUAUUUUAUAAUGCUUGCUUCUGACGAAAAGACAUUUCCAUCUCGCA